CUCUUAUUCACAGAAAUCAAAGAAAAACAAGAGCCAUUCAUUAUUGUCCUAUUGGUGGGGGGAAAUUCAGAGAUGGGGGUGUGGUUGUAGGGUCUUUAGUGAAAGCACAUCAGGGGGAAAUGAAUGGCAUCUCCUUUGGUGAUUUGGAGGGGAAUAUUUUUGCCAAGAAGGGGAAGGGAUUAUGCAGGAAAUGGCUGGUUGUUUUGGGGGCUUCUUGUGGAAUAUCUUCCGUUUCUCCUUCUUCUGCAACGCAACGGAACCGAGCAGACCAAGAGUUUCGUCCGGAAAUCUUCGCCGGAGUUCUACAAGGGUUCAAUUCGUCAAUCGCGGUGAGUGAUUUAUCUCUCGUUAGAUUGUAUUGUUCUUGUUCGGUUCUGUUCUAUUGCGUUCUUCUGCCUUCUCUCUGUCCUUUUCCUCGCUCUGUUCUGUUCCUCGUCCAUCUGUUCUGUCCUUUCAAUCGGUUGCUACUCCCUCUCUGUGCCGCUGAUUCCCGGAGGGAGAACUCAAUGCCGCCGGACUGGUGCUGGGCCGCCGGUGGUUUGCUGCUGGGAACGGAACAGGAAGUUCGUCCUGUUACCAUCGGAGGAACUGUUCCGCCGCUGUUGUUUUGGCGUGGAGCUGCUGGUCGCUGCCGGAGUCGCUAGGAUGCCGGCCAAGUUCCUGCUCGCCGACGGGAACUACACGAAGAAGAUGCAAGUCGCAAUGGCCAGAUCGGAGACAACGUACAGUUUGUAAGGAAUUGCAAUUGACCCUAGAAUUUUUAAUUGGUUGCAACUAAUUCCUUUUUUACAAUUUGAUGCCAAAUAAAGCAAUGAAUACAAAAUAGCCGAAAACUUCUAGACUACUGAAUUGAGGAUAUUUGUGUGUUAAAUUGAAAUUAUGGAAAUAGGCCAUCCGGUAUAUCUAGGAAGAUCUGAGUUAAAGCAGACUCACAAGGAUUAAGAUCUAGGAUUUAGGCCCGGUGGGGCGAGCUUCGCAUAACUCACGGGUCUUGGGUUAAAAACGUACGUACGGGAGUCAUUAGCCUACCUAGGGAUUCCUUUGUAGGGGCUCCAACCCGCCCAUUGAGGAUUCUCUUUGGGUUUCAUCAAGCGUGGCCUCGGGGGAUCCGUCUGAGUGUCCACGACUUAGUUAGUCAAAAGGAACCUUAGCCUAUAGGGUUAAGUGUAGAAGAACAACAAGAACUGGAUAUAAAUAAAUAAAUAGUUGAUCAUGGUAUUCGGCAAUGAUAUUUGCUAAUUCUUCUGAUAUUGUGUGAUUAUAUAUUGAUGGGUGCUAGUCUAUGAGUUAGUUCUAGCGUUAGAUACUUCCACUCUCCCUAUUUUUUUACCGGUAGGGAUCAAGGAUUGGAUGAGGAGCAGCCUGGAGAACAGUGAAGUGUGACGCUGGUGGAUGGCCCGAUUCUGUUUGAAAUUGAAUUAAAUACUUGUUGACUUU